UUAGAUGACUCCACUCCCACCCUGUCCUCUGUAUCUUCCCUGCCCACCCAUGCCUUCUCCCCCUCUUCUCAUUUGUCCUCGCCUCCUCUUGAUCGGACUCCUGUCCCCCUGGGCAGCACCAACAUUGCUCCUUCUUUGCCCAGGACCACACCCAGCACGCCCAUAUCCCACACCCUCUCCUCCCACUCUACCACCUCACAGUCUACGUCCCUCACCACCCGAAUCCCUUCAUCUAGUCUCUUUUCAUCCACUGUGGGGGUGACAGCCAUCCUGACUUCUCCAGUCACUAACCUCACCACUGGACAACAUAGUAGCACUGGAGUUUCAACCACCAUGACCCUCGCCAGUUUGACCUCUGUCCACGGAAGCUCAUCCCUCCAUUCCACAGGGUCCUUGUCUCCUGGGGCACCAUCCAUUUCCUCUCUGGUGACACCCACGUCCACCUCUCCAGGAGUCUGCGACGUGAAGGAGGUGGAGCAGGAGGUCACCUACCGAGGGUGCACUGCCAACGUGACAGUGACCCGCUGUGAGGGCUUCUGUGCCUCCUCGACGAGCUUUGACAUCCCCACGGAUGAGCCGGAGACGCACUGCAGCUGCUGCGAACCCCUCGGCUCCUACCAGAAGCAGUUCGUGCUGCCCUGCUCAGACCCCGCAGCGCAGGGCCGGCAGCUGGUGCUCACCCUGCAGAUGUUCAGCAGCUGUGCGUGCAGCCCACGGCGCUGUGGGGGCUAG